AUGCAGACCUUCUCUCAGAAGCUCUGCCGAGUUUGCUUGUCAACGAUGCUGUCUCAAGGCCAAGACGCCUUGUCUGCAAGCCUGAAAAGAUCCGAGCAGGAGCUCAAGGCUGCACGGCAGGUGCCGGAGCCCUACGCUCCUCCUUUCCGGCAGGGCGCGCGUGAAGAGACCAAACACGGUUCACUGCUCAUCCAAGGCAAUGAAGCAGCUGGAUCUGGUGUCUCGGUGCAAAGUUUGAAGUCCUGGAUCCCAGACUCGCUCAGCUGCAUGAGACCUGCUCUCACUGCUCUGCAGGUAAAGGGAGGGACAGGAGCACCCGAUGCAGACGACAGAAUAACUUUCUUUGCGGCUUGGACCUUUUUAGAGCAUGCUGGGAUACUGUACCUGCCUACCAACCUGAAACUCAGGAAGCUUGCAAAAUUUCUCGAGGAUCAGCGCAUCCUGGUCCUCCUCAUUGUCAAGGACAAGCUCCAGCAGAUCAUUGACGGAAAUGCAUCUGCUUCUUUUGUUGAAGAGCUCAAAAGUACCAUGGGCCUGGCUCCAGCCCCAGACGUGAACAAGCUGGAAGCCGGCAAGGCGAACCCCAUCUGCAAGCGACACGCUGCAGUGGUCAGGCCUAGAUUCAUUGGCACCCUGUUGCGCUUGUGUGCUUUGGAUGUUGGCAGAGCAGAGUGUGAGCACCAGGCGGCUGCACGAGCGGCUUUGCGCCAGGCCGAGGAAGACAGGAGCCAUGCGAAGGAAUUGCAGCAGGACCUUGAGAAAUGUCGCAGGGAGCUUUUUGCUCUCAAAGCAGAGCUGGCAGAAAGUGAGCGUUCCAGGCAGUUGGAAGGCAUGGAGAAGCUCAGGCACCUCGGGCUUCAGCCAGAGGAAGCCAACUUUGUGCUGUCGGAACUCGAGCUUUCAGAUGCUGGUGCAGCUCGCGAAGUUCGCGAAGUGCUCUUUGAUGGCACACCCGAAGACUGCACGUCCGAGUGCAUCAUGAGAUGGCAUAGAGAGUCCGGCCUAGGAGCAGAUUCUUUGAUAGCAGUACAAAUUCAGCCCGGUUUCGACAGUGAAGGACAUGCCCAAAGUAGUGGCAGUGUGGUGUGCACCUAUGACAAGAGGGCAGAUGCAGAGGAAGCAGUGAUGACAUUGCAGGAUACCGUGCUCACAUCUGCAAGUGGUAAGCAGUCAC